UCUAGCAGUAGGGGAGGAGGGGGAAACCAAUAGUUCCUAGGCCUUUUGUACUAGAUCGUUAAACAGUGGCAUAUGUGCUUACGAUGCGAAGGGUAUCACGAAGGCUGCGAACUAUACACAAACUGAAUGUACGUCGCAGUUGAGUGGCAGCGCCCGCACGCGGGGAAACGCAUCAUCCCCUUCUAGUUGGACGUCUGAGGAAUCGUCCCCCAAAAACUGACAGGGCUAUUAACAAGAACUCCUGGUUGGACACCUGGGAACGCAAUACAAGGGCAUCCUUGGGGGAGAACAAGAAAAGGUAUGGCGGCGGCUUUGCCCAGGACCCUCGGGGAGCUGCAGCUCUACCGCAUCCUGCAGCGGGCCAACCUGCUGUGCUACUACGACGCCUUCAUCCAGCAGGGCGGCGACGACGUGCAGCAGCUGUGCGAGGCGGGCGAGGACGAGUUCCUGGAGAUCAUGGCGCUGGUGGGCAUGGCCAGCAAGCCGCUGCACGUGCGUCGGCUCCAGAAGUCGCUGCGGGACUGGGUGACCAACCCCACCCUCUUCAACCAGCCGCUGGCCUCGCUGCCCGUCUGCAGCAUCCCCGUGUACAAGCUGCCCGAGGGCGGCGGGGGGCCCCGCGACCCGCACGUCAAGGCGCCCAAGUGCGUGGCGGCCGCCUGCGUGGACCCCUGCAAGGCGGAGCCGGCCGGGGCCAACGCGGCCGGAGGCUCCCCGCUGAGGAGCAGCGCGGAGCCGCGCUUCUGGACGGGCCCCGGGCCGGAGAGCGAGCGGAGCCUGUCCCCCGGCUCGCCCUCGUCCCCCCGCGAGGCGCUGGAGGCGCUGGACGCCGCGGCCGUGCGUUCGGUGGCGGAGUGCGUGGAGAGGCUGGCCCCCGCCCAGGUCCCUGGAGACCUGGCCCAGCUCAGAGAGCAGCUGAAGGCCAACAAGAAGCUGGCCAAGAUGAUCAGCCACGUCCUGGACAUGGGUGAGGAGGACCCCCGUAGAGAGGAGGAGGUCCGCAAGUAUAGCGCCAUUUACGGCCGCUUUGACUCCAAGAGGAAGGAUGGCAAACAUCUGACACUGCAUGAGCUGACGGUGAACGAGGCUGCAGCUCAGCUGUGUAUGAAGGAUGUGGCUCUUCUGGCUCGUAGGGAUGAGCUCUUCAGCCUGGCCCGACAGAUCUCCAGGGAGGUCACCUACAAGUACACGUACCGGACCAGCAAAUCCCGGUGUGGAGAUAGAGAUGAGCCGUCUCCUAAGAGGAUAAAAGCAGAGGAGGGCUUUUUCGACCUGCAGGAGGCGCUGCAGGCCAUCCACAUGCGCCAGGAGACGCUGAGGGAGCAGCUCGUGCACGCCAAGUCGAAAGGGGAGGAGACCGUCGGCCAGAACAUUCAGAUGCAGCUGGAGCGCCUGUUGACCAGGCAGAUGGAGAUCCUCCACGACGCGUCGGCUCAGGAGAGGCUGCAGGCGCUGGACUGGAGAAUCCCCUCAGGGGCUGUCAGAGCCAGCGCAGACAGGCAGAGCACCAACGGCCUCUCCUCCCAGCCUGCCGGCGAACAGGACGCGGAGCGGCCAUUGAAUCUGCGGGUGCCUGGACUGAGACCGGGUGGGGCCCACGGGGACACGCCCCUGGGGAAGCAGCUGGCCAAUGAGCUGAAGAGGCACCUCUCCACUGGGGAAGGCAAGACGGCGUCCUCAGAAAACGGGCUUGGGAAAGACUUCUCCCACCACGUGCUCAACCUCUCCGACAAGAAGGCCAUCAAAAUGGAACCCAACGACUCCAGAUAGUGCCUGGGGCUCCGCUCUCCUCCUCGUUUGUGCUGGGCACACUCUGUCUGUCAUUGAAUACUAAACAAGCACAGCUACAGUAGAGCCUUAACAACCAAUGUUGCCUCGAGAAAGAAAAAUACAUUCUCCUACUUCAUGUUUAGUUUGUAUUUUUACAAAGCGCCUAGAACCCUUAGCAAUCUUCAGAAGACACUCCUAGAGACUUUUCUCAUUGUCUGCAUAGCCGCUUCUGAAGAGACACCUGGUCUCUUCUCAUUGGUUGUACAGUCCUUUCUGAAGACACUUCUAGUCUGUUCUCAUUGUACUUUUUUCAGAGAGAGGGCAGAUGAUCUGAACAUUAUUUUGCUCUGAAUUAAUGGGAAUCUAAUAGUUCGGACAUAAAGCACCCCUCAGUGUGGUAAUUAUUUUGAUCAUACCAGAAAUUCAAUAUGGUGGCUUAAUAGUUUCAUUUUGGGGAAAAAAACUUUAUGUGGAAUGGUGCUUAAGAUUUAGAGAUGAAAUGGACUUUCUAAGAUAGCAUGUGGUUAAGCACCUUAUCUAGAAGUCUAUUCUUAUCUAGAAUGGUUUGCAGGAAACUCCAUAAAGUGAUUGUUUGAAGGGAAAAUAAAAUAUGGUGGACAGGUGUGAUGACAGUGCAGCAAUUUACUUUCACCAAAGGGCCCUACUGUUAAUUUUGGGGAAGCAUUUUUCUUCAGUCAUCAUGAAGCACAACGUGUAUCUUGUCUUUGGCCUUUUCAGAUAGGCAGUGCUCUUUAUAGCCUUGGGUCUGGAUUCAAUCAGCAUUUGUGUUUAAAUGCAAAUGUUAGUUUGUUUUAAGGAGGUCAGUGAUAACCAAAAUUAUGUUGCCAUGUAAAAGUUAAAGGCACAGAUUUUUUUGCAGUUCAACGAUAAGGACGAAUGUUGAUUAAAUAUACAUUUAUGUAUGGAAUUGGGAAAAUGAUUUCAUGAAAUCAUCUGUGAUGUUUUACAAUAAUUAUUUUGUACAUAUUUUUAGAAAAUGAACAAUAAUUCCUGCAUCUAAAAAACAGGGUUUUGUCACUACAUCAUUUGACGGUGUAUUAUACAACAUUGAUUCCAAUAUUAUACGUGUUAGAAUAGCAAUACUGAAUAGCUGUUUUUGAGAAACUGAGUGGAGGUAUCCAGUUGUCCCUUCUCUGGGAUCGUUCACUGUACAGUAUUUAUGUGUUGAGUAGCAUAUUCUUAGUCUUAAUUCUGACUGAUUUCCACCACAACCUGUAGCUGAUAUGCUUGAUUCUAAAUGCAAUGUUCUGUGGUGUUAGAAUUAGCAAAACUGUAUACCAAGACUUCUCAUGUUUUCAGUGAAUAAGUAUGUCAUUGUAAUUAUUGUCAAAGUAGAAUGUGGUGUGUAUCUUGUUGGGCCUUGAGUGUCCGUUUUUCACGUAGUCAUUGAAGAGUCAGUUUUCCCCCUUUCCCUGAUGGGUAAAAUGAAGCAUCCAAUCAGGUUCCCCCUUGUUCAAGCUUACAACAUACUUACAUUCAAGUGGCUGUGAAUGAUGAAUUCACAAACUGAUUCACUCUUGAAACCCAACCUGCAAUAGACUUAUUAAUUUAAAUGUGGACAGUUUAUGCUUUUUCUUAUAUCUUCAGAUAGAAAUAAGAAACUGUUUUUUGUACAGCUCGUUGCUUAUUUUAAAAAAUCUAAUAUGAAAUAUUAUUGAGAAUAAACAAGCUCAAUAAAAAUUAAAGAGAAAAGAGGAUCUUGUAAUAAUCCAUUUAUUAUAUAAUUUAGUUACUCCAUUUUGGAUAUUGAUAAGUUAAUUUUUGGAGGGUCAUUUUUAACAUUUCAGAGAGAAAUGGAAUGAUGGUAACUUCCUUAACUGACAAGAUAUAGCCUACUAAAUAGGGUAUUUGUAUUUGUUUAAGAACAUUCAUCUGUCUAGAAGAGUAAAAAAUGUUGGUGCAUUUGGUAGAAAAAUGAUUAAUGGCAGUAAUGUAGGCUCAUGAAUGCACCACCCACAAUGCAAUGCAUAUGCAACCACCAUUGACCUUUAAUGGUGAUCAUCUAGAUUUCUCAUUUUUUAUGUGUCAGUAACAGUCCUCAAAUGAGAAUUUUUAUAUAAUUCAUUUUCUUAUUAUUUUUUCAGGGACAGGGGGUUUAUAGUUGCAUUUAUAGAGAGCCGCACAUCUUUAUCUAUGGGACAAGAUAAAGAUUGCUUGUCAGUUAAAUUGUACAUCUGUUUUCAUCACUGUUGUUGUAAGUGAAAAGUUGUUCUCUUGGGUUAUGCACCUGUUUUGUAAACACUAAUAUAUUUAAUUUGUUAUACAGGACAUAAACAUUAAACUCUAUUUUUUGAGAUCUGA